AUGCCUGUGAUAAACACCUCGGCGUCUCAGUUCUUCACCCUACCGUUCCGGCGGAAGAAACAACGGUACACCAUCAAUCCACCCGAUAUCUCGUAUAACGUAGUCUAUCUUGGAAAUGUUCUUACCGUACUCGCUGCCGGUGAAAAUUGCUACGAGAAGCCAUUAUCACUCAUUUGGAAAGCAUACUGUAGUCGAACUGGUGCCGAUCUCAGCAUGGGCUUAGAGAUUACAAGAUCUGGACUGAAGGCCGAAACGAAGGAGCAGGGCCUGACGGAAUACUGGGCUCAUCGUAUCACAUCUUCCGCUGCUCUUCCACACUAUCCCAAAGUUUUUCUGCUCAAACCUGAACUGAGAUGUCACGCCGUGUUAUGUAAACGCUUAUCAGAUCCACAGAUCAUGCACACAAAACUACAGGAUUAUCUGCAUGCCGCACUUCAGGAGUAUAAACGCGAGAAACUUUCUGUACAAAAUGCUCGUCUCACUGGAAUGACCGGUUGUCCGCGGCGGAAAAUGAUGCUCCAUUCGGGUAGUCUGAAUUUCCGCCCACCUGUAUGUCGAUCUAAAUCGGCUCCCCGUUUAGGAAGUAUUGACGAGGAACAGGAGGAGGAUGAGAGCGAUAGUGAUUCCAUUUGUUAUCGAGCAGAACCGGAAAUGACACCAAGUGUAUCGGAAGGUUCCACAAAUGAUCAGUCAGCUGACUCGGAAAAUGCUGAAGACGCGUCCACAAAUCAUGCUGACUCAUGUUGUGGGUUCUUGGAAGAAGUACAAUGUCAGAAACGCCUGAAUUCGUUUGAGUUCGACAGCAUCUCUGAUGAAAGCGGAUACCAUGAAGACAAGCUUCUUCGUGGGCUUUCAGAAGAAUCCUAUUAUUCUGAUGGUGAACUAGUAAUGCUUGAAGAAGACUACGAAGAUCGCGAGGAGCAAGUUACGUCAUUAUAA